AUGUCGGCCCCGACCUUCGAGUUCACCACGGCCUCGCCCGCCGCGCACCACCAGGCGCCCUCGCCGACCGAGUCGAUCGCGCCCAUGCACGUCGCCCCCCAGGACCAGGCGCAGCUGCCCCAGGGGACCGGGCCCAUCGAGCAGGGGCACUCGGCCAUGAACCUCGGCGCAAAGGGCUUCCUCAUGAAGAAGAUGGCCGCGAGCGGCCAGUCGUCGUUCCAGUCGCCGACCGACCACAUGGUGUCGCCCUGCACCAAAAAGCUCGCACAGAGCAAGCAGCGCCACUUUGCCAAGGGCAAGCCGCUGUCGCUCUCGUCGUCGUUCCAGGCGGCCGGCCAGCAGCCGCAAAAGAAGUCGAGCCUCGGCCAGUCGUCGACCACGGCCGGCAACGAGAACUCGGCGCCGUUCUGA